UAGUUUUACAAAUGUUAUCCUUUUCUCCUCUCUUUCUAUUUUCUUCUCUUCUUUUAUUUUCCUCUCCUCGCCGACCAUUUUCCGGCGAUUUCGCUGUUUACAUUCUCGCCGGAAACCGCUCUCUCUUCACCAUUUCUAUUCUUUGCAAAGAAUCAAAGAAGUAAGGAGUACAUAAAGAGAGAAACAAAUGGAUGGGACUAAACAGAUGGGACUUAGAAAUGUGAGCUCCACAUGCUCCAUCUCCGAAAUGGAUGAUUUCGAUCUUUCCCGUCUUCUUGAUAAGCCGCGGCUGAAUAUUGAGAGGCAAAGGUCAUUUGAUGAGAGGUCAUUAAGUGAGCUUUCCAUUGGGUUAGCAAGGGGAGGGCUUGAUAACUAUGAGUGCACCAAUUCACCUGGAGGUAGAUCAGGAUUUGACACGCCUGCUUCUUCAACUCGUAACUCAUUUGAGCCCCAUCCAAUGGUUGCCGAUGCUUGGGAGGCUCUAAGGAAGUCCAUGGUGUACUUUAGAGGCCAGCCUGUUGGUACUCUUGCUGCAAUUGAUCAUGCCGCUGAGGAGGUUUUGAACUAUGAUCAGAUUUUUGUACGAGAUUUUGUGCCCAGUGCACUGGCUUUUCUAAUGAAUGGUGAGCCUGAGAUAGUGAAGAACUUCCUGUUGAAGACUCUACAUCUUCAAGGGUGGGAAAAAAGAAUAGACAGAUUCAAGCUCGGAGAUGGGGUAAUGCCAGCUAGCUUUAAAGUUCUUCAUGAUCCUAUUCGAAAAACGGAUACCCUUAUGGCAGAUUUUGGUGAGAGUGCAAUUGGAAGAGUAGCUCCUGUUGACUCUGGUUUCUGGUGGAUCAUUCUUCUUCGAGCUUAUACUAAAUCUACUGGGGAUCAUUCUCUGGCGGACUCUCCUGAUUGCCAAAAGGGGAUGAGACUUAUUUUGACUUUGUGCUUAUCGGAAGGGUUCGACACAUUUCCAACACUUCUUUGUGCUGAUGGAUGCUCUAUGGUUGAUCGCAGAAUGGGAAUAUAUGGUUAUCCUAUUGAAAUUCAAGCACUAUUUUUUAUGGCAUUGAGGAGUGCUUUGUCAAUGUUAAAACAAGAAGGAGAAGGAAGAGAAUGUAAAGAAUGUAUUGAGAAAAUUGUGAAACGUUUGCAUGCUUUGAGCUACCACAUGAGACUUUACUUCUGGUUAGACUUUCAAAAUUUAAAUGACAUUUACAGAUAUAAAACCGAGGAAUACUCCCACACUGCAGUAAACAAAUUCAACGUUAUCCCUGAUUCAAUCCCAGAAUGGCUAUUUGACUUUAUGCCAACACGCGGUGGCUAUUUUAUUGGAAAUGUUAGUCCUGCAAGGAUGGAUUUUCGAUGGUUUGCUUUAGGUAAUUGUGUUGCAAUUCUCUCAUCUCUUGCAACUCCUGAGCAAUCAAAUGCUAUAAUGGAUCUUAUUGAAGCUCGCUGGGACGAGCUUGUUGGAGAUAUGCCUUUGAAAAUAUGUUAUCCUGCAAUAGAAGGUCAUGAAUGGCGAAUCGUAACUGGUUGUGAUCCGAAGAAUACUAGAUGGAGUUACCAUAAUGGAGGAUCUUGGCCAGUGCUUCUAUGGCUGCUAACUGCUGCAUGCAUAAAAACGGGACGACCGCAAAUUGCAAGACGAGCAAUUGAUCUUGCCGAGACGCGGUUGUUGAAAGAUAGCUGGCCGGAAUAUUAUGAUGGGAAACUUGGGAGAUUCAUAGGUAAACAGGCGAGGAAAUACCAGACGUGGUCGGUAGCGGGGUACUUGGUGGCAAAGAUGAUGCUGGAGGAUCCGUCGCAUUUGGGAAUGAUUUCUCUGGAAGAGGACAAGCAAAUGAAGCCAGUGCUUAAGAGAUCAACUUCUUGGACUUGCUAAAGAUGCAAAGCAAGAAAUUAGCAGAAAAAAGGUAAAAAAAGGCACAAUUCUUUGGUGUUUGUAUUGAAAGACUGGUUGUGUACAAUAGAUUGUGGUGAGAGACUACUUUCUUGCUUUUCAAAUAAGACAUACUUUUCUGCUGUUUUUGAUUUAAGAAAAAACCAAAAUUUUGGAAAUGCUGUCCUUGAUUGAUAAUAGGAUUUUGAACAGCAGAAAUGUUACAGAAUUAGACUUUCCACGGGAUGAGACUGGAAAAUUUUACAUAACAGACUUUUGAAUUCUUACAA